AGUGGUCAAUCGCAAAAGUUCAAGCCACGGGGCCUGGCCAUUGUCAACUCAACACUCAACAAGCAACAAGGCGUUAACAUGUGCACCCCAAAUAAGCUCCCUUGCCACGCAGCAUACUUUGGCUCCCUUUAUUGAGAAAUGCCAUGAUUCCCGACCCCGGACGGGCCAGACUCGUGCUGCCGGCUUUCAUCGUCUCACUCCCGGACGCCCGACCGUCGCGUCCAGGGUGCCUGAGCUCAGUCCCGGCUGCCCGCAUAGCCUAGGUAGCCCGCCUCGCCCGCCUCGGCCCCCUCCCACAAGAGACGACUGCCGCCAGUCGCCAUGGGUCUGACCGCCUUCCUCCUGGCCUACCUGCUGGGCGGCCUCACCCUGAUCCCCCUCAUCAUCGUCGCCAUCCUCACCCACGCCCACUUCACGCUCCCGUACCGCCCCGACCUCAAUCCACCGAGCGCCGCUGAAGACGGCCAGGGCGACCUUGUCCAGCCCGGCGACGAUAUCGAUGCCCUCCGGGUCGCUCAGCAGCAGCAGCAGAAGAAGCUCGCGAGGGAGGCCUCCCGGGCCCACCAAGAGUCUGAUGUCGCGGCCGGCUACUUUGCCGUCUGUCGUGAGUAUGCACCCAUGGGCAUCAAUGCAAAGCCCAUCGAGCGGUCAACUCCCGUCGGCUCGGCCACGGUGGCGGCACCGAGCCAGAGCGUGUACCAGACCAUGUACCGCAGCCUCUUUGACCGCAAGCAGCCCAGCGGGCCUCUGGACAGCAAGAACGCCCCCAGCCAGCGGCCCCGGAAGGCCGGCAACGUCUUUUACGUGGUGCUGAGGCAUGGCCACCUCAUGCUGUUUGACGACGACGAGCAGCUCGAGGUCCGCCACGUGGUGUCGCUCGCCCACCACGACGUCACCAUCUUCUCGGGCGACGACGACGUCCCCACGCCCGAGGGCGAGCUAUACAUCAAGAAGAACGCCAUCUGUCUCAGGCGGCGGGCCAACGAGCCCGAUCUGGCAGCAGCAGCAGCGGGCGAUGGGCAGCUGUCCAAACCCUUCUUCCUCUUCUCCGAGAACUGCUCUGCCAAAGAGGACUUUUACUUUUCGCUGCUGCGGAACCAGGAGCAGACGUUUGGCGGCGAAGAUGGCCCCGAAGCGCCGACACCGAGACAGUUCAAUGUCGAGCACGUCAUAUCGCUGGUGCAGAAGCUGCAUUCGUCCGAGGAUCACCUACAGACACGGUGGCUCAACGCCAUGAUUGGCCGGCUCUUUCUCGGCGUCUACGGCACCAAGGACCUCGAGAACGCGAUCCGCGAGAAGCUGACCAAGAAGAUCUCACGCGUCAAGCGGCCCUCGUUCCUGUCCAACAUCUCCAUCCGCGGCAUCGAGACGGGCGACUCGGCCCCCUACAUUACGAACCCACGCCUCAAGGACCUGACGGUCGAGGGCGAGUGCGGCGUCGAGGCCGACGUCAAGUACACGGGCAACUUCCGCAUCGAGGUGGCGGCCACGGCCCGCAUCGACCUCGGCACGCGCUUCAAGGCCCGCGAGGUCAACCUGGUGCUGGCCGUGGUGCUGCGCAAGCUCGAGGGCCACGUGCUGUUCAAGGUCAAGCCGCCGCCCAGCAACCGCAUCUGGUUCUCGUUCCAGACCAUGCCCAAGAUGGAGACCACGGUCGAGCCCAUCAUCAGCUCGCGCCAGAUAACGUACACUGUCAUCCUGCGCCAGAUCGAGGCCCGCAUCAAGGAGGUGGUGGCCGAGACGCUCGUGCUGCCCUUUUGGGACGACAUUCCUUUCUUCAAUACGGAGCACAAGCGCUGGCGAGGUGGAGUGUUUGAGGGCGACGACGCCGUCGUCUCGUCGGGCGACCUCGAGGAGUCGCUCAACGCCCAGAUGGGCGAGGUGGACGAGACGGAGGAGUCGGCGACGACCGCCUCGGCCGUGCCCGCGCAGGACCUCCCGCCGAUGGAGAAGAGCCACAGCAUGCCGGUGCUGGAGCAAAGCAGCACAACGCAUACGGGCUUGUUCGGGAGGAAAAUCAAUGGUAAAUCUGGUAUCCAUAUUAGCAACCUCAAGGCGGCAAUGUCUUCAAGUAUCAGCGUCGAGACGAAAGCGUCGGCGGCCUCGUCGCCCAUCACUCGGACAAAACCCUCCGGCUCCUUCACAGCGCCGGCGUCGCCCACGGUGGAGAUGGACGAGAACAAGGCCGAGGUUCUCAAGCCGUCGUUGUCGUCGUCGUCGCCGCCCAACGAGGGCCCGGUUGUUCAGGCCGUCAUGGCCACGCUGUCAUCCAAGGUCGUCGUCGGCUCCACUCCGGUCUCCGACAACGCAUCACAGUCCUCAAUGACACCAAAAUUCAAGCUCAAGAAGUCUUCGGGUAGUAUACGCAGCACAUCUUCCAAAGAGAUCUCGGACUCGGAUCGAGAGAAAGAGAAAGGUCUGGAGCCGGCACCACGGCCCGACCGCCGCCACACGGUCUCGUCCUCGGGGGGCGGCAAGACGGACGAAGACAUGUCGUCGGCCGCGUCCAUCAAGGAGUCCAUCAGGAACCAGACGGGCACGCUCACGCGCAACUUUUUCCUCCGCCACAAGGUCUCGCACGAGGCCCUCACGGGACGGGAAGGAGGUGACGGCAGCAACGGCGGCAGCAACGCCACCUCGCCUGGCCACGCGCCAAUCGACUCGCCCAAACGCAACGCGCUCCUGACCGUGACCAACGCGGCGGCGACUGCGAAGCGCUGGGGCCUCAGCGCGCUCCAACGAGGCGGAGCUGGGGCGGCCGGGAACAACGGCGAAGGCAACAACAACAACCCUGGCGGUCGGGUCGGGGACGGCGAGGAGGAAGAGACGCUGGAUCUCAGCAAGCCCAUGGGCGGCGGUCAGCCGCUGCCGCCGCCGGGAACGCCACUGCCGAUGCCGGAAAAGAAGGGUAAAGUUACCGUCGUAACCAGGCGCCGCCCGCCGGCCGCCCCGCCGGCGCACCCGCACCAGUUGGUGGCAACCGGCGAGGGCGACGGUGGCAACGGCGGCGAUGACGCCAGCAGCGGCAGCGGGCAGCAGCAGCAGCGGCAGCGCAGGCCAGGACGGAAGCCCGUGCCCAUCGCCUCGCUGUCCAAGCGUCGGCACAUGAGGCAGCUGGACUCCCCGAUGGGCGGCGACCGGGUGCUCGUGGUGGAGGCGCCGGCGGCCGACUCGGAACCCACGACCCCCAACAACACGGGCGACGGCGACUCUGGGUACAUGCACCACCGCCACCACUGGGCCGGCGGCGACGAGUACGACGACGGCGGUGGCCCCCGCACGGGCGGCGCGGGCAGUGCCUACGCGGCCGACGACGAUGACGAUGACGACGACACGGCGGGCUGCGGCGACGACGACGACGAUGGCGCGUCGGCGUGGAUGGACAACGACGACGUCCCCGCCCACCCGCCGCGGGCCGUGUUGGUGGUCGGGGACCGGCACGGGAUUGCGCGGCCGCCUGUCGCUACCUCGGACCGGGACGCCAAGUAGCCCUCGUGUACCGUUUCUACUUGUUACCACAGCGGAAAUUACUGCUAGUUACUGCUUGCGUGUUCUUUUUACUAGAGCGCUAACAUUGUUUGGGUUGCGACGGGGAACCGAACCCCGUAUGGCAUGUACAUCAUUCUUGGCGCUGGGAGGUUUUGUGUCAAUUAACACAUGCGCGAUAGGUUCGGGCAAUAAACCCAACAUCCGAUAGGAAUGCAGAGAAUUACAAACAGCCGGAUGACCCGGACGCGCCUGUUGCUUGGGGGAGAAGCAGCAACACUAGCGCGCACCCAAUUGCCAAUUGCGCCG